CCUCGCCGCUUACGUAUCAUAAGUAAAAUAUAAAUUGAAAACGAGCGUUCGCUUCGUAACAAACCGCGACGACGACGAUCACCACAGAGAUAUUAUGCAGGUUGUCGUAAAUGUGUGGUGCGGUGACUUGGCAGAAUACUUUAGAAAUCGACGUGAAACGCACGCUUCCAGAUCAAAUUGUUCUUUCUUAUCACGAUGUCGUUGUGAUCUAGUGACCUAACGCGAGUGGAAAAACUUAAAUUUAGACUAUUUUAUCGGGCUGUUUUCAACCGCAAAGUUUAUUUAGUGAACGUGGACACUCAUUUCAGUGACUAGCUGAUAUGGGAUUAUAUGAAGCAGACACUGAAAUGACGAUGGCAGCGAGUAACAACUCGCUAACAGCAACCCUGAAUAACUCUGGAUCUGCAGGAGCAGCAGGAGUAGUUCAAAUGAGCCAACAUUGUGCCAUUUGUGGUGAUAGAGCAACAGGAAAACAUUAUGGUGCUGCAUCCUGCGACGGUUGCAAGGGAUUUUUCAGAAGAUCUGUCAGGAAAAAUCAUUUAUAUACAUGCAGGUUUAGUCGAAAUUGCAUAGUGGAUAAGGACAAAAGAAACCAAUGUAGGUAUUGUCGUUUAAGGAAAUGUUUCAAAGCUGGUAUGAAAAAAGAAGCUGUACAAAACGAACGCGAUAGAAUAAGUUGUCGACGACCGAGUUAUGAAGAAAACAAUCAAAAUAACGGCUUAUCAGUUGGUUCAUUGCUAAAUGCCGAAAUGUUAUCACGGCAAGUAGGAGCAGCACUGGAACAAAUGGGUCCCACUCCUGUUAACGAUUACGAUUUAUCCAACAAACAAUUAGCCAGUAUAAACGAUGUUUGUGAUUCAAUGAAACAACAACUUUUGAUUUUGGUCGAAUGGGCCAAAUACAUUCCAGCAUUCACAGAUCUUCAAUUAGACGACCAAGUUGCCCUUUUGCGAGCCCACGCCGGUGAACAUCUUCUUCUAGGACUCGCACGACGUUCCAUGCACCUUAAGGACAUUCUCCUUUUGGGCAACAAUUGCAUCAUCACCAAACACAGUCCAGUGAUGAUGUUGACAGACUCCCGAGUCUCUCCCGAUUUGGAUAUUUCCCGUGUUGGUAGUCGAAUCAUGGACGAACUGGUUAAACCUAUGACAGAAGUCCAGGUGGAUGACACUGAAUUUGCUUGCCUCAAGGCUAUUGUAUUUUUCGAUCCGAAUGCCAAAGGAUUAAGUGAGCCAGCACGCAUCAAGGCCUUACGUUACCAAAUCCAAAUUAAUUUAGAAGAUUAUAUUAGCGAUAGACAAUACGACAGUAGGGGUAGAUUCGGGGAAUUACUUUUAACACUUCCUGCUCUUCAGUCAAUUACAUGGCAAAUGAUUGAACAGAUCCAAUUUGCUAAAUUAUUCGGAGUCGCACAUAUCGAUAGUUUAUUGCAAGAAAUGCUCCUAGGAGAAUCGAUUCUAGGUGCCAGUAUUGACACGAACACAGCUGCAAUGAUGAGUAGUUCUGCUAAUACCAGCGUCAAUUACCAAAGUACCAGCGAUUCAGCUGAUAGUCCAGUCACAUCGCCAAACACAACACAAUGCAAUAGCCCAACAGAUCAUCUAAUAAAUGGGAAUAUUUCGAGUCCUCCAACAGCAACAUCGAAUGUUCUCAUCAUGCGUGAUAUUACACCAAUUGAUGAAAAUUCAUACAUGGCAUUUAAACAAGAACCCAUUCAAGAAGUGGAACAACACACAUUUUAAACUCCUAUUUAUCUAGAAUAAGUUUUUUUCAAAAAAGUAUUUCUACAGGGUAAUUUUAAUUGUGUUAUUAGUCAUCACACGAUUGCAUGAAGUGGUGUCGUCUUCCAAAACAUGAUGAACUAAUUACAGUGCCUUAAACUGAUUAUAAAAGUGCUUAUAGAGAGGCUGUGAAAUGAAUAACUACAUAUUAUCGCACCAAACUUUUCUUGGUUGCGUGGAAUUAUAUUAUUGCGUGUACCUAUUUUAACUUGCCAAUUUUCAUAGUCAUGCUUUUAAAUGAUAUUGAUAGGAAAGACCUGAUUGCUCAAUUUUUAAAGAACAAAUUAUGUAUAUAAUGUAAACAGAUCUCUUAUUGGCAGUGGUGUUUUAAUUUUUAUCGUAGGUGUAUGGAAUUUUUUAGUGUUAGCAUUACUAUAAAAGACACUCUUUUUUUUUUUUAAUUAAUACAUAAGUAAUUUGCCAUUGAGUUACUGACAUUUUGUUAUAUGUUUCUAAAUUAAAUGCUUUAGGAUAAGAAAAUAUAUGAUGUAUCCUUCCCUACCUAAUUUAACAUUUAAAUUUGUGAGUGGAAGGUCAGUGUAUAGUUAUAAUUUUUUUAAUUGGUUAUAUGGUCGACAUUGAGAUUUUACUCAAUGUGUAAGUAAGGGUAAUUUAACCUAUUUUGUUUGUUUUUUUUUCCUUUAUUUAGUUUGCAUUUUUCUACCAUUUAAGGUGGCAAGGUUCUUUGUUUUUUGUUACCAGUUAUGUUAGUUUUAUUGUUGUAUAAUCGGUGUUUGUAUGUUUUCUUUGUUUUAUUUAAUCUAUUAAGUUUCAUGUGUUAUGGCGAAAACGUUUGGUAUUGAAAUUAGUUUACCUAAACUUUAGAUAACAAAAUUAUGUCAUAAUGCAAUGCAAAAUUGCCGUUAUUUAUUUAGGUGAAUUGUUAAAAGGCUGGAGGUGGCAAUAUUACGUUUCUUUAUAUUAAUAUAAAUAUUUUAUAAAAAUA